AUGACUAAUGCCUCUAGAGCUAAAAAGGAUGCUUCUAAGAAGCACCUUGAUGACAUGGUAGACAUAGGAUGUCUAAUGCUUGCUACUAUGACUCCUGAACUUCAAAAGCAACAUAAGAAUAUGGUUCCUUAUGAUAUGAUCCAGCACCUCAAGGAAUUAUAUGAGCGGAAAGCAUGUCAACAGAGGUAUAAAACCUCUAAGGCUCUAUUUCGAUGCAAAAUGGUAGAGGGAACUCCUGUGGGAACUCAUAUUCUCCAAAUGAUAGGCUAUAUAAAAAGCCUUGAAAAACUUGGAUUCCCUCUAGGUGAGGAAUUGGCCAUCGGUGUUAUUUUGCAAUCUUUGUCAGAUAGUUUUAGCCAAUUUGUCCUUAAUUUCAAUAUGAAUGAGAUUAAUAAGACUUUGCCACAUUUAUUCAGCAUGUUACGAACUGCUUAA